AACAAGGAAAUGGGGACUAAAGUCAUUUGGGCGAGCAGCGCUGAAACCAGGUGCCUUGGGAUGCGGACAAAGAGGCAAAGAGGGUGUGCUACGGCAGGGCUCAGCACUACCACUCUACUACUGACUGACUGACUGACUGACUGAGUGCGCGGCCGCGGGGCUGACGAAUAGACGGGGGGCCAAGAAGUGAAUGGAAGCGCAGCGAAAGCGCGAACCGACCGCCGGAAAGAGGCAGCCAACCAGGGUUGCUUGCUUGCUCACCACCCAUUUGCU